AUGGCGCUCACAUCCCGAAUCUGCCUCCACGGUAGCGAGCCUUGGGGCCCGGAGGAUUAUCUCUCCACAUCCCUCGGCGUCAUCUAUCCGAACGAUGUGACCAACCAACACGGCGACGCAGAGCACAGUCUAAUCUAUACGUCGCCAAACCUGCCCAGGCCGCUGGCUCUGGAGCUUGCGGUCACCGAAAGUGAGGCAGAACGACGUCUCUUUAGCCACCACCUCUGGAACUCGAGUCUUCUGCUGGCGGAGUUGGUAGAGAGGGACACGCUCGGCGUGGAGGAUGCAGAUCGAGACGGCGACUUCGGGCUCGGCGAGGGGGCGAGCUUCCACGUUGGGGGGCAAGCGGUGCUGGAACUAGGGGCGGGAACGGCGCUUCCGAGCAUCAUGGCCGGUAUUCUGGGCGCAAGGCGAGUCGUCGUCACGGACUACCCUGCCCCUCCCAUCCUCAGCAGUCUCCGCUCAAACGUUGAGCACAACAUCCGGCCGUCCUUCGCCCCGGCCGGCAGUUCGGCCACUCCCGCCGCUUCCAUCCUCGUCCAGGGCCACUCGUGGGGUGAGCUCUCGGAUGCCUUCUGCCUGUCCAACCGACAUGCGUUCGAUCGCAUCUUCGUCGCCGACUGCCUGUGGAUGCCGUGGGAGCACGCCAACCUUCUCCGCUCCAUCGAACACUUUAUCAGCGUUGACAACGAGGAUGCGCGUUGCUGGUUAGUCGCAGGAUUCCACACCGGCCGUGAGAAGAUACGCGGUUUCUUCGAAGAGAAAACCCUUCGCGAGGUUGGCCUCGAGCUGGAGCGGAUUUGGGAAAGGGACUGUGAUGGACAGGAGAGAGUGUGGAUGAGUCACCGACCUGAGGACGACAUAACAGUAAGGAAGAGGUGGCUUCUUGUUGCAGUGUUGAGGAGGACCACGGUCAACGCUUGUACGAGUUAG